AUGGAGGCCAUCGUCCACAAGACAACACACCAGGAUCUGGGAGGAUCUUCUCAGCCCCAGUGUACACCUGAGAGUCCUGACCUGACACCUCCUCAGCCCACCAGCAGUGGUGUGGAGCCACAGGGAAACUGCAGGAGGACCAGAGAGCUGUGGAGGGGAAAGACAGACUUCCUCCUGUCUGUGAUUGGCUAUGCAGUGGAUUUGGGAAAUGUUUGGCGCUUCCCCUACAUCUGUUACCAAAAUGGAGGAGGUGCCUUUCUGGUGCCAUACCUGGUGAUGGCUGUGUUUGGAGGAGUGCCCCUGUUCUACAUGGAGUUGGCAUUGGGCCAGUUCCACCGGUCAGGCUGCAUCUCCAUCUGGACUCACAUCUGUCCCAUCUUCAAAGGCAUUGGCUACGCUAUCUGUGUUGUUGCUCUGUACACAGCGUUCUACUAUAACACCAUCAUGGCCUGGGCCCUGCACUACCUGUUGUCCUCCUUCCACUCCACGCUCCCCUGGACCACGUGUGACAACCCCUGGAACACCCCACGCUGUGUACUCUACAGCCCUGAUGACACCAAUCACACCUGGGGCAACACAUCCACCUCCCCGGCAGAGGAAUACUACCUACGUCACGUGUUGCAGGUGCACCAGUCUCCAGGCCUUCACCACCUGGGCUCGGUCAGCUGGCGCCUGGCCCUCUGUCUGCUCCUCAUCUUCACCGUGGUCUACUUCAGCAUCUGGAGGGGCAUCCGCACCUCAGGCAAGGUGGUGUGGGUGACAGCCACUCUGCCCUACCUGGUCCUUUUUAUGAUGCUCAUGAGGGGACUCAGCCUUCCAGGUGCCUGGAGCGGAGUGCUCUACUACCUUAAGCCUGACUGGACCAAAAUACUCCACACAAAGGUGUGGGUGGAUGCCGGCGCACAGAUUCUCUUCUCCCUGGGUCCCGGCUUUGGGGUUCUGAUGGCACUUGCCAGCUAUAAUAAUUUCCAUAACAACUGUUACAGGGAUGCCCUGGUUGGCAGUUGGGUAAACUGCUUGACCAGUUUCCUGUCCGGCUUUGUCAUCUUCACUGUCCUGGGUUACAUGGCCGAAUUGAGAAAACAGGACAUUGAGUCUGUGGCAAGAGACACAGGUCCUAGUCUGCUCUUCAUCACCUACACGGAGGCCCUCGCCACCAUGCCAGCAGCCCCCUUCUUCUCUUUUAUCUUCUUCCUCAUGAUCAUUGCACUUGGACUGGACAGUACGUUUGCAGGUCUGGAGGGGGUGGUCACAGCGGUGGUAGAUGAGUUCCCUGGUGUCCUGCUGAGAAGGAGAGAAUGGUUCGUUCUGGGCUUAGUGUGCUUCUGCUACUUCGGUGCACUCACCACUGUGGCAUAUGGAGGAGCGUAUGUGGUGAAGCUGUUUGAAGAGUUUGCCACUGGCCCUGCUAUUAUUACGGUUGUCUUUCUGGAAGUGGUGGCUGUUUCCUGGUUCUAUGGUGUCUCUCGGUUCUGUGGAAACGUGCAAAUGAUGUUGGGCUUCAGCCCUGGCUUGUUUUGGAGGACCUGUUGGAUGGUGUUCAGUCCCUGUUUCCUACUGUUCAUCAUCAUCAGUUUCCUGGCGGUCGCUCCAGAGCUCAAGCUCUUUGACUAUCUCUAUCCAUCAUGGACUACAGGCCUUGGGUACGGCAUUGCACUCUCCUCUUUCAUCUGUGUUCCAGCAUACAUGAUCUUCUACAUACUCUCCACCUCUGGAACCUUCAAACAGCGCUUGUUGCAAAGCAUCACCCCGCCGCAAGAUGCAGUACAUGCAGAAGACACUAUGAUGACACAGCUGUGACCCCACACACACACACACAGAGAGAGCGAGAGAGAGAGAGAGAUACGCUCAACAACUUCAACAGGAAAUUAAAAGGAAAAGAGUCACUGAUCCUUGGGGCAUGUAUGGUAUGGCUCAUGAACUGCAGCUCACAGUCAGGACCUUUCCUCUGGGGAGAUCGGAAUGAACUGUUCGGUGACAAAAUGCUUCUUUAUGAUCCUGGCCAUUAUGAAAGCAUCUUUAAAAUCUUCAAAAACAGAAGAAACAUAAUUCACUAACAUGGUAUCACAGUAUUACUAUAGUGGAUACAGUGCAUCAUCAGUGUAUAUCAUGUAAUCUCUUUCUGUUUGAACUACUGUUUCUGUCUAACACUAGAGGGCACUAGAUUUUUAGGAAAUUAUAGCAGGGUGAGGGGUUCAAGUGUAGCAGUGGAUGCAAACGCAGAGCAGCACAUUGAAAUUGAUACUCAUGCUAGGCUA